GAGAGACCGCGCCGUGGUCUUCCUUGGAAGGUGGGUUCAGUUUCUACUAGUUCUUCGUCGCACGUGUUCGCUGGAGCGCAGUCUGCUCACCGCUGCAUGCUCGCGUCUAGGCGGGACCGUGCCGUGGUCUUCCUUGGAAGGUCCGGCUCAGGCAAAAGCUCAGCGAUGCGCCACUGCGUGUGGUACCUGGCUACCGCGUACCCCGCGCAGAGUUCCAAACUUACUCCUGAGCGUUUCGACGCUGCCUUCGAUGUGCUGUACACCUUUGGGUCUUGUCGCACCAGUUCGAACGCGCACGCGUCGCGCUUCGUGGCGCUGACGUCACUGGACUUCGACGGCGGCGGCGCGCUUGUGUCGGCUUCUGUGCAGACGCUGCUGCCCGACCUGAGGCCGGGGCAGACUCCCAUGAGGGCUCUGCACGA